AUGUACUUCUUCCUCCUCAACCUCUCCCUCCUCGACCUGGGCUCCAUCUCCACCACUCUCCCCAAAGCCAUGUUAAAUUUACUAACAGACACCAGGGACAUCUCUUACUUGGGAUGUGCUGCACAAGUAUUUCUGUUUCUAUUUUUGUUACCAUCAGAGUUUUCUCUUCUCACCAUCAUGGCCUAUGACCGCUACGUUGCCAUCUGCCAACCCCUGCACUACGGGACCCUCCUGGGCAGCAGAGCUUGUGUCCACAUGGCAGCAGCUGCCUGGGGCGGUGGGUUUCUCUAUUCUCUCCUGCACACUGCCAACACAUUUUCCCUACCAUUCUGCCAGGGGAUUGCUGUGGACCAGUUCUUCUGUGAAAUCCCCCAGAUCCUCAAGCUCUCCUGCUCAGAUUCCUACCGCAGGGAAGUUGGGCUCCUUGUGGUUAGUGUCUGUUUAGGAUUUGGGUGUUUUGUUUUCAUCGUGCUGUCCUAUGUGCAGAUCCUCAGGGCCAUGUUAAGGAUCCCCUCUGAGCAGGGACGGCACAAAGCCUUUUCCACUUGCCUCCCUCACCUUGCUGUGGUCUCCUUGUUUGUCACCACUGGCAUGUUUGCCUACCUGAAACCCCCCUCAAUCUCCUCCCCAUCCCUGGACCUGGUGGUGUCAUUUCUGUAUUCGGUGGUGCCUCCAGCAGUGAACCCCCUCAUCUACAGCAUGAGGAACCAGGGGAUCAAGGAUGCACUGAAGAAGCUGAUUCAUUCAUCAGUGAAGACGUUUAACAGAUCAGGACUCAGUAUGGACCCCUGGGGUACAUCGCUGGUGAUCAGCUCCCGAGGGGACUUUGUGCUAUGGGUCAUGGCCUUCUGGACCCGGCCUUUCAUCCUGUUUCCAGUCCACCUCACUCAUGCCUGUGAGGCUGUGAUGGGAUUCAGUGAGAAAAGCCUUAUUAAUAUUGAGCUGAAACACGUUCCCUGCUCUCCCCUCAUCCACCAGCCGAGGCAUCUUACUGCUGUGGUGGGCUAA